AUGGACGUCGUGGACGUUGCUCAGCGCCUUAAACUAGCAUUCGAAACGCCACCGCGUGGCUCGGUCUCUGAUGCCAUAGCCCUUGUUUCGGCAUCGGUACGCGAAUUCAACGCCGAUCCCUCCCAGUCGCAUCCGCAAUGGCUUGCACCCCUCGAAGUGAAGCUCUUAGAUGUGUACGAGAACCAUGUACCUCACAACUCUGUGAAGCACUUAGAAGGAUUCCUGUCCGUUCUCUUCACUUUGAAAACUGUGCUGCCAGCUUCGUCCAUUAUAUCAUGGUUUGAUCACCUGCGUACGGCUCUUCGUGAACCAAGACUCAGUAUUGAUGCCGGGAAAGGCCUUAGGGAAAUGCUUAGCUUUGCUCUGAAAGACCAUGCCCAUUCUGCUGAGUCAAGGUCGAGAGAGUUUCGACGUCGCCUGCUAGAAUUAUAUCUCUUUGAUGCCUCGCCUGCAGCUGAAUCGUCGGAGGGAGUAAUUGAGAGUCUCAACCAAAAGGUGGAAGACCGGGAGGCGAGAAAGACUUGGGAGGAGAAUCUAGAACGUAUUCUUGCCUCUGAUGUUGUUAGUUCCCCUAAUGAUUCAUUUGCGGUCUUGAAUUCGAUGUUCACAAAUCCAGCCGCUAGACCAGGCAUCACCACUAUCCUACACCGAGUCUUCUCCAACACUCGUUCCCCUCCUGUAUCUGAGUUCUCCAAGAGUCCACUACUACAAGCAUUUUUUACUUCACUCCUUGUGGAUCGAUCAGAUGCCCUCUUUGAUCAGGAAAUUUCUGCUUUGAUUAGCAUUAUGCCUCACAUGGCCGUCCGAUGUCCAGAAAGUUUGAGGGAUUGCCUGGGAUCCCUGUUGGUGCUUCUCGCGCGUGCUGUGUGCUGGAAGCAACCAAAUGAUUCAUCAAACCCAAAUAGAUCGGAGGGGACAGAGGAAAGUGACAACGAUAAUCUUGGUCCUGACAAGGGAAAUAACAAAAAUCCUGAGCAUGCGAGAGCUGUUUUCCGACACAGGAAUGACGAGGAUCUUCCCCACGAUAAUCUACAAGACUAUAAUGAACUUGUUUUAAAACCUGAGCUUAAUUGGGACCGUCUCGGACCGAGCACAUCUGAUCCUUCAACGAUCAUCGAUGCCUCCCGCUAUUUUACAUUCAUUUACGGAAUUUAUCCAUGUAAUACGAUCGCAUUCCUUCGACGGCCUGUGGUGCACUUGCAAGAAGUUGGUUAUGAUAGCCCUUUCGCAGUGCCUUGGAGAGAUAUACUUGAUGUGGAUGAGAUUCGCUCAAGGAGCAAGCGAAUCGUUCGCAAUCAUGCUAUUCAUCCCGGAAUAUUGUAUCGUGACGCACCUUCGGAAUUGUCGAGCCCCUUGUCGUACACAACUGGGAGGAGCGACAUUGAUGAUGUCGCAAUGGUUGUGGCAGAUUGUGCGCGUCUUGAUCAAUCGCGGGUCGAACUGGAUGUGGAGGAGAUGCUUCAAUCAUCAACUUCACGGGAAGGCUAUUCGCCUAGGAUUUUGCCCGUUCGAGAGAGCCAUAAGAAUACCCCAAGAGCACGCGAGUUUGACCGUCUACAACCCCUUGACAUCUUCAACACACGCAAGUCUUCAAUAUCUGAACAUCGUUCCAGUUUCGUAGACAGCCCCCCCAAUGCAUCCGGCGCUCAUACUCCACUAAUAUUCUCCAGUCCGAAUUUACUGGCAUCGACAUCUUUCACAUCGCUUCUGGACAGGACAGGAUCUUCUCCGACCACCCAAAACACCAUACCGCCUUUACCUCAGCCCUCCCCCCUAACGCUCAGUACACUUCCUCUUCCCGAUGUGGAAGAGGACGUUUCCUCGUCCUCCUCAAUUGAGAAGUAUCAUUCACAGGACGUCCGUCCUGAUCCACCCCCUCGUCGAGAGGCGACAGAACAAGCUGUGAUUUUUCUCCAGCGGGAGAAUGCACAGCUUCGUGAAAUGUGCAACUUCUCAGCUUGGUUAAAGGACCAGAUGAAGCAUCACGUUAAUCGGCUUCAUAAAGAUCGUGUCUUAGCCAAGUGCGAGGAAUCAGAACGCCAGGGGCUGCACAACCGGCUACGAGAGUAUAGACACCGCCUUGAAGCAUCCACGACAGAAAUAUCGAAGCUAAAGGAGCAAGCUUUGCGGGCUCAGAAAGCUAACCGAGAUUGGGUUACGAUCCUCAAUGACAAAAUCAAUGGGUUUCGGAAGGAAAAGGCGAGCUGGCUCGAAGAAGCCGUGAAUCUUAGAGGCCAAAUUACGGAUGCCCAGAAUACUGUGAAGGCACAAUCUGCGCUCUUAGCAGAAGCACAAAGAAAAGUGGUGGAUCUUACGAAUCAAAUUCAUUUCCUCAAUCCCAAGGCUGAGCAAUUAUCAAAAUAUGAACGCAGAAUCGAGGAAUUGUGUAAACAGGUCAACCUCGAAGAGUCUGAAGAGAUAAAGCAACUCAAAGCAGAUCUAAAAGCUCUCCAUGAAGCGCGACAUCAAAUCAUGAACAUGAAAUCCCUUAUUGGGAGCCUUGAACACGCGAACAAAGAGCUAGAAGUCAUGUUGAGUGAGCGAACAAGCGAACUCAAACGACUAGAACAGCGUUUAGCCAAUCCUCCUCGCAGUCCUCGACCCUCGAAUGCGAAAACGCCUUCACCCAGAUUCCGGCCGGUAUCCAUCAGUUCUAGCCCUCUUCGGCCACAGCCACCACUCAGCCCCGACACCGAAAGCAAACUAUCGAAGCUGGAGACAGAGAACGCUGAGUUGAAAGAGGAUGUGGAAGCCCUUAAAGUGAUGGUUGAAACCCUUCGCGCUGAUGGAGAACGAGCGCGAAUACGUGAAGCGAACAAGGCCAGAAGACAAUCCAUUUCGGUUUCCAGAAGCCCUCGGUUUGGGCCAACAAAGGGAACUCCAAGUGCCGCUGAAGUGUCUAGGGGGGGCGAGAUUACGCCAGAAAUGUCGGUGCCUCCGUUGUCUUUGGACGACCGAUAG